GUAGCAAUACCCGGAAACAUGUUCGUGGUUUGUGACAGGAAAACACCCACGUGGUAAGCGUGCUGCGGUAGCACGAAGUUCCCGUGCACUGACACUGUCGAUCGCCAAACACAGUAAAAUCACAACCGCGGAGACGAGACCCUCCUUGGUAGCAGCAAGGAUCAGGUUGUGGCUGGUGCCCGGUUCAGUCAUGGAGAUCUCGGCCUUCAUUGUUCUGGUGCUCAUGUUCGUGCCAGCGAGUCCGAGGUACAAGGCUAAACGACAAUUAAAAAUACACUGCGGUAAGGACUCCCGCACAGAAAAGGUGAACGUCACGUACAUUGGAGAAGCGCGCAUGAUGUAUGCCUUGAAGAACGGCGUUAAGCAGGAGAAAUGCCAGGCAGAACAUGUAGGCCAGGCGGGGCUUGUGCUUCUAGACAUCAACCACCGGAAGGAGUGUGGAUUCAUGCACCUACACAAGACCCACACGUGGACAAUCCAAGUCAGGCUUCAGCACGUGAACAAGAUCCUGACGGCACAGGAUAAAGAGUUUUACCUUACUUGUGUAUACGACGCUCACAAAAACGUUAGCCGAUACAAGGAUAGAAGUGAUUAGAACCACUGAAAUAUUUCAAAUUGAUUUGGGUUCUUGUAGCACUUAUAAUAAACUUCAGGAACACUUGA